GCCAUUGAAACAAAACCUCUCCCCCAUUUCUCUUUUUCCCCAAGAAACCUUCUUCUUCUCUCUUCUCUUCUUUCUCUUCUUUCUAAUGGCGGCACAAGUGGAGAUCGAGGAUCAAGAAUCCGUAACCAAAUCAGAUAACGACGGCGAAAUCUUCAACCCCGUCGUCGUCUCCGAUUCUAGACCAUCAUCACCUCCUCCUAACUUCUCCGGCGGCGAUAAUAAUGAUUCAACGAUCCUUCUACGUGAAGACACCUUAGAACACGAUCUCAUCAAGAACUGUUUCAUCUCAGGAAUGGGUUCUUUCUCCAACGAAACAACGAUCGUCUCCGUUCGCAAGAACUCAACAGAGAAGAGAAUCACAACGAAAGCCAAGUUCGCCGUGUUCAAAGUUUUCACCCAAGCUAUGACUAGGAAGAACGAAGGUGACGCGAACGUUAAGUACGGAUGGUACUCUGGUUCUAAAGAAGAGAUCGAUCGUAUCGUUACGUAUGGGUUUAGUAAUAAAGAGAUCGAGAAGUUUGAGAAAGACGCUGGGUCUCACGGUGUUGGGAUUCAUCUUGUUCAUCAUAGAUACUCUCUUGUUGCGGCUUUAGUUGGUGAAGGUGAUGAAGAAGGUGUAAAGCAUGUUCUGUUAUGCCGUGCGAUUCUUGGUAAGCCUGAGGUGAUCGUGGCUGGUUCUAAGCAGUCUUGUCCAAGCUCGUAUCAGUUUGAUUCUGGUGUUGAUAAUCUUGAGAAUCCGAGGAAGUAUGUGAUUUGGAGCUCUACUAUGAAUUCUUACAUUGUUCCGACUUAUAUCGUUAGUUUCAAGUCUCCUCGGCUUAGAGGUCUAAUUGGAAGAGGAAGGUCACCGUGUGUUAGCUUCUCUGUUCUUAUGUCUAUACUUUCAAAGUCACUAGACCAACCAAGAAUGAACUUGAUCUUGGCAACUUAUGAUGAUUUUAGGAAACGGAAGCUGAGAAGAGAGCAGCUGGUUAAGAAGAUGAGGGAAGUGGUUGGAGACCAUCUUCUUUUCAAGAUUCUCAAGAAUCAGAGGCGUUAGAAGAAAAAAAGUAGUAGGGGAGAAGACAAAUGACGUUACAGAUUUUACCAGAAGUAGCCAAAGUGAAACAGUAGCUGAUGAUGAAUGAUGAUGCAUAAAGGAGUAGGUUUGAAACAAGAAGAAACAUAUUCACACAGUCGUAUAUGUAGAAAUAUAGGUUGCAGUAAUGACUAAUGAAACACUCUUAUAUCAAAGAAAAAAAGUGUAGUGUUUCUUUUGUUACCCUUUUUGUUUGUUUGUGUUCUACGCGUUAGUUGUAUCUAGAACCAGAUUUUUACAUUACUAAU